AUGGAACGUAUGGCCAGCCUGGAGCAAAAACUGACAGGGGACGUGACGGGCCUGAAAAAGAAUAUAGGUCGUGUAGCUAAGGUGGUAAACGUCGACAUCACGCGCAGUCGCACACACGACCACCCAUUUACCGAAGAGAUAAUGGCACCCCCUCUCCCCGAUAAAUAUAGGUCGCCAUCAAUCCCGCCAUAUGAUGGGCGAGGAGAUCCCGACGAUCAUCUGGAGAUGUACACUGGGCACAUGCUCUUACACGGUUACGCCGAGGAGAUCACGUGCCGAGCCUUUCGAAACCAUUUGACGGAUUCUGCCCGGAGGGGUCAAAAAAUACGUCCAUCCAAAGCAGAAUCUGACGAUGAUAUACCAAAAGCGAAACGAGUCAAUGAGGGAAUGGCUCGCAAGGGGUACAUCAACGCCGAAGAGGCGGACGCGAACGACCCCGAGCACCGGACCAACAAGAAUAAAGGAACCGAACAAGGGUCGGCGCCUGUGAAGCAGGAUGGGAAGAAGCGUCGAGGCGGAGGAAACGGAGACAAGCAGCCCGCCGCUACGACAAACGCUUCGGAAGCCAAAAAGCCUCGACAAGAGGAUACCCGCAAGCCUCGACUGUUCCAAAAGUACGAUUCCUACCAUGAGUUAAUGGUAGGAGUCGAGGAGGUCUUUAACCAGGUCGGCCGCGGGAACUUGCUACGCCGACCGGAAGUAAUGAAGUCAGAUCCUAGUCGAAGGAACCAGAAGAAAUUCUGUAGGUUCCACGGCGAUGUCGGCCACCACACCAAUGAUUGUGCCGACCUCAAGGACGAAAUUAAAAGAGUGAUCCGUGAGGGAAGGUUACAAGAAUUCAGGGCCGAGCGAAGGCCAGGAUGGGAAGAAGCGUCGAGGCGGAGGAAACGGAGACAAGCAGCCCGCCGCAACGACGAACGCUCUGGAAGCUAA